UUGUAUCACUAGGAGUAUAAUUCAUUUUUUUCAUAAAGGGAAAAUUGCAUAACCGCCAUUUUUGGUUGAACUAUAUAAAGACGUUCUAUAAAAAUUAAUUUGGUUGAUCCACUUAAAAAGACAAUAAGUUUUGUAAUUAGGGGCGUAAAAUAUGAAUGCAUGUUGUUCAUGUGUAACCACUAAUACUUGAGAUUAGCAAUGUAGAGGUAAUGAGUUGCGAUUAGGUUCCGUUUCCUUCAAUGUAACUUUAAUAUAUUAUAACUUUGAUAAAUAAAUAAAUAAAACUAACUGUUAAUUAUAAAACAAUUCGGAAACACCAAACAAGUGAUUGUCCGGUCCACAAACUUGAGAUACAUAAAAUUUAAAAAUAAAAAAAAAUAAAAAAACUCCACGAUCGGGUUAGGUAAAACUAGAAACAUGAAAUGAAAUGAUUGCCAAUUAGGCCCAAAAGUUUUCAAGACCUAAUAUUAUUACAGAGAUUGAAUUUUUAUUUUUAUUUUUAAAAUUUUUGCUAAGAAAAAGGAAAUUACAAGUUCUUUCCUCCUCUGUAUGCAAAAUCAAUUAAUUUUCUUUUUCCCUUCCACUUCAGACCCUUUUCGAGAUCCCAAUAUAACUUUUACUAUGUGUGAUUAUGGAAGAGUAACAUAUUAUUGAUCAAAGAAUUCAUGCGUUUUUGUUUUGUAUUCGUUAAACGCCUUCGAGAAAUUCCACCCAAAUCUGCAGAGCCUUGGCACUCUGUCUGCUCUGGUUGAUUGGCUUGGAAUUUGUAAAAAAUGGAGAAGAAGAAGUCCUCAGUGUCUGAUGUAGGAGCGUGGGGCAUGAAUAUUGUGAGCUCUGUGGGAAUUAUCAUGGCCAACAAGCAGCUCAUGUCCCCCCAUGGCUUUGGCUUUGGCUUUGCUACAACUUUGACUGGCUUCCAUUUUUCUGUUACUGCAUUGGUUGGUUUGGUGUCAAAUGCCACUGGCUACUCUGCUUCAAAGCAUGUUCCUUUGUGGGAACUUGUUUGGUUCUCACUUGUAGCCAAUGCCUCAAUCACUGGGAUGAACUUGAGCCUCAUGCUUAACUCUGUUGGAUUUUAUCAGAUAUCGAAGUUGAGCAUGAUUCCCGUGGUAUGUGUGCUGGAAUGGAUUCUUCAUGGAAAACAUUUUGCAAGGGAAGUCAAGUUGGCUGUGGGAGUGGUGGUUGUAGGUGUGGGAAUAUGUACAGUGACUGACGUGAAAGUUAAUGCCAAAGGUUUCCUCUGUGCUUGUGUGGCUAUCUUGUGUACAUCCUUGCAACAAAUUUCAAUAGGUUCCUUGCAGAAGAAGUAUUCGAUAGGCUCUUUUGAAUUGCUCAGCAAGACAGCUCCAAUACAAGCUCUCUCCCUUCUUGUUUUUGGUCCGUUCUUCGAUUAUUAUCUUACUGGAAAAGUUCUAUUGGAGUAUAAGUUGUCUUCUAGUGCACUUUUUUUCAUACUACUCUCCUGCUCCUUAGCAGUUUUCUGCAACAUCAGCCAGUACCUCUGCAUCGGACGCUUCUCAGCUGUCUCAUUCCAGGUUUUAGGUCACAUGAAAACAGUGUGUAUCCUGACGUUGGGGUGGCUACUCUUUGAUUCGGAGCUCACACUGAAAAACUUGCUUGGAAUGGCUCUUGCUGUUCUUGGCAUGGUAGUAUACAGUUGGGCUGUGGAGCAACCCAAGACCCUCCCUAUUACAAGAGACAGUCUGUCAGAAGACGAUCUGAAACCAUUGAAGGAGGGAAUGACAGAGAGUCCAUCAAACGACGCGGAGCUUUGUGAGUCUUAAGUGUAGACUCACCAUUAUUGGACUCAUUUUGUUUUACCUUCAUUCCAUGCCCCAGCAAGAUAUGAGAUAAGCACAGGUUUUGGCAUUCAUCUGUUCAUUCGGCACAGGCUUUCCGCAUCUGAUUCUAUUUUUUCACGAAACUCGAUUUUGGCCUCUAUUUAUUUUGUCUGAAAGGAAUUAAUAAUGAAGUUUAGGCUGAACCAGUUGUUGAUGGUUGUAGAAUACUUGUAUAUGCAUUUCAGUAUCAAUACUGAGAAAAAGUUCAAUUAAUGAAUGCUUCAUUUCUUUUU